AUGUCUGUAGAUAUCAAAUGGGAGACAAUCACUUCCGGCGAGGACGGGGCUGUCCUGGCGGAGAAGAUUCGAGCCUUCGUCCAUCAAAAAUUCCAACAGAUUACCUUGCCUCGCUUUAUCAACGCCGUUCACGUUCAGGCGUUUGAGUUCGGCUCAAAAUGCCCAGAAAUUGAGAUCAAAGACAUAUGUGACCCCCUUCCGGACUUUUACGAAGACGAGGACGAAAGUGACGGAGGUGAUGCCCACGAACCGAAUGCUGAUUUACGUCUAGGCGAGGAUAUCCAUGCAACGGAUCAUCACCACGCAGGCGCUACUCUCGCACAUCAGUCACAGCCUAAGCCUCGUCUUGCAGACAUAUCUACUGCUACAAACCAGUUUGAUCUCCAGCAUCAACUCACGUCCAGAGAUCUCCUCCUGGCAAACAUCGACCACCUAGGCGGUCCUUUUCCUCGGAGCACCACCCCUGGCAUACCUGGAGGCACCUCUAAUCUCAGCUACUUUCAUUUUCCCGGCGCUGCUCUGUCUGGAACUCAGACGCCCCUAGCAGCAGUGGCGAGUGGCACUCCUUUCAGUCCCCGGCCAUGGUCUCACGACCUACCCCGGGCGUCUUCAAUACCCCAAGACAGUGCCCUGCAUGUUUCAGGCCACGGUCUGCGCAGCCAAAAAGACGUGCAAGUUCAUGGGGAUCCCUCCACACGACCCUCCACUGCGAACAGUAUUUCAUCGCCUCGUGAAUCCGAAUCCGGACUCUCCUCUCCACUGCAACACGCAAACUAUCCCGAAGGAGAACAUGAUGAGUCGGCAUUAGAUGCAGUAGCACCCUUGUCUCCAAUGCGAAUACAAAGCAGAAACCCGUCCGAUCUGCAGGUAGUGGCAAGGGUGAAAUACUCUGGAGACAUCCGUAUGACUUUAACCGCCGAGAUAUUAUUGGACUAUCCAAUGCCUAGUUUCGUUGGCAUCCCUCUGAAACUGGUCAUUACUGGCAUGACCUUUGACGGCGUUGCAAUAGUUGCAAUGAUCAAGAGGAAGAUGCACUUUUGUUUCCUGGACGCCGAUGAUGCGGCAGCUCUUGUUGGGGAAACAGUGGCACCUGAUCGGCACAAGACCACCCAUGGUAGGGAAGACUCAAAGUCGCAUCCAUCUGGCCCUUUGCGAGAAAUCCUUGUGGAGAGCGAGAUCGGUCGUCAAGAAGAUGGCAAGCAAGUGCUCAAGAAUGUGGGCAAGGUCGAAAAGUUCGUUCUUGAGCAGGUGAGAAAGAUUUUUGAAGAGGAAUUCGUCUUUCCGAGUUACUGGACGUUCCUCGUGUGA